AUGUGUGUCCAAAUUCAAGUGGUGAGACCCUUCAGGACUAAUUUUUCAGUAAACUUAGUAACAAAUGAAAAACACAAUAAGGAUAAAAAUAAGGAUUCAGUCAGUAGCUCUUCCAGUUCCUCAUCUUCAGAUAGUGAUGACCAGACUGAUGACGAUUCUGACUGUGAUGAAGGUCCAGACUAUGCAAUACUAGCCCUAUCGGGUCACAUUCUUCUAGCCCAAUCAAAAUUGAACGAAGCCCAAAACGAAUAUUUCCGAGUCAUCGAAGCCUACAAUAGACCGCAAAAUAUCCACUUGGUGUACAUAAAUUGCGCUGAAAUUUUAUCCAAAUUAGGCAACAUUAAAAAAGCCAUAAAAUUAAUUUUGAUUGCAUGCAAAAUUCACGAAACUCCUCAUCUAUGGUUCAGUGCGGGUAAAUUGUAUUAUCAUCAAAACGAUCUACUGAACGCCGAAGAGUGCUUGAAUAGGGCUAAUUUGAAAGAUAACAGACAUGCGGAAGUAUGGGGUUACUUGACUUUGUUGAACUUGAAGCUGAGUAAGAUUCAUGAAGCUAUGAGUUGUUAUCAGCAAGCGGUUAAAAGUGGAUUAGAGGAUGGCGAAUUGAAUCAAUCGAUUGUGCAGGCAUUCAAAAAAGCAUAA